CGCAAGAAGGCCGGCGGGAAGAGCAGCGUCACGUGACCGCUGCCAAGUAGCCGCUAAGCUUCCGGUGGCGCUACAGAAGCUGGGGAAGUUGAGCGCUUUUGUCUUAUUUAGCCACGAUAUUAGCUCUCCAAGCGUUUCACCUGACACAUCAAGAUGCCGGGCAAAACGUGUCACCAGUUCAAACCAGGAGAUCUUGUUUUUGGCAAGAUGAAGGGCUUCCCUCACUGGCCUGCCAGGGUCUGUAAGUCAGAUGAUGCACACAAGAAGCGAGUCCCUGUCUUCUUUUUUGGAACACAUCAAAUAGGUCACCUCCUUCCAGAAAACAUUGUCCCGUUCUCGGGGAACAAGUUGAAGUACGGCAGUGGCGUCCGCAUCAAAGGCUUCUCUGAGGGGAUGUGGGAAAUCCAGAACACUCCUGGAGUCGGGAGUAAAUCCAAAAUGCCGUCAAAAACCACGCCUGCAAAAUCAACUGCUGCCUCUAAAGCACCUUCACCUGAUAAACCCUCUGCUGCCAGAAGUACACCUUCCAAACGCACAUCCACUGCUAAAAGUACUUUGGCUGUAAAAACAGCUUCAGGUGUUAGAAGUACACAUGCAAAUCUAAAUGAAGAUGCUAACAGCACUCCAGUGAAACCUGAGCCUGAUGCUGAAACGUCACCUUUGGAAGAAACUUCAAAUGCUGAAGAGCUUCCUUCUGUGAGCACGGUGGACCUAAUGGAAUGCAUGGUCAAAUGUGUCCCACCUCAGACAAGUAAUAGCGUGAGUUCUGCGAAGAGCCAGAAAGAAGCCAAUUUGAGCAAAGUUGACUAUGCGGCAAGGAGAUCUUUAUCCAGAUCAGCUACACAAACACCAACAGAUGACCUUCUACAGAAAGACUCCAGUCCAAAAGAUGGCACAACUGCAGGGAGGCAAAGACGAGGGCGGCCAAGUAAAGGCUCUAAAGGGAAGAACAGCAAGAUGACACAGGCUGCAGAAAGCCAGACCCCACCAAGCGGUGAACAUGGUGGGUGUGCCGUGAGCAUGGUGCACUGCAUGGUUAAGAGUCACGGUCUUACUGAACCUGCAACCGGCCACAAAGAAGAUGCUGCAAGCGAGCCCAUGAGCAGUUUGACCAGAAGCACCAGCGCUACUAAAACUGCAAGGAGAUCAUCUCGUUCAACUGCGCAAUCGCCAACGGAAGACCUUCCGACUCCUCAGAAACACUCCACGCUGAAAGAUAACGUCGCCGCAGAAGGACGGAAACGAGGCCGGCCAGCUAAAGUUUCUGUAGUGAAGAAGAGCAUGGAGGACCCUGCUGGACCACUCAUCUCGCACAUGGACCCUCAAUCCCACGAUGCCUCUGAUUUAUUGCCCAAAACAUACGACCACAUGACCCAAUCGUCUCCCGUGCUGACUCGCAGCAGCAGCAUGGAUGGACAGAAGGAAAAGGAGCCACAGGAUGAAAAGAUGCCAGAGGAGGAUCCGAUGGAGAAGAUAUGGUCAGGGGAGGAGAAGCAGCAGAUGGAGGAUGAGGGAAAUAAGGAGCUGUCAGAAGAGUCAACAACAAGAAGAGAAGUUGAGAGGAAGAGAAAUGAGGACGAGGUGAUUGAAAAGAAGAAAGAGUUGGUGGAGGAAAAGAAGCAACGAGAGAGGAUGCCAGAGGAGGAACAGAAGGAGGUGUUGCUAGGGGAAGAGAAACAGAAAGAGUUUGAGUCUGCAAUGAGCAGAACAUUAGAGAGGAAGGUGGAUGAGGAAAAGAAGGAGCUGGAGGACAAGUCAACAGCAAGCAGAGGAGUUAAGAGGAAGACAAAAGAGAAGAAGAAGGAGCCAGAGGAGAAAAGAACAACGACAAGAGGAGGACGUAAGAGGCAGAGAAAAAAUGACGAGGGGAAUAAGGAGCUAGAGGAGGAACAGAAGCAACUAGAGGGGAACCAGCGGCUGGAGGAGGAAAAGGAGCUGUCAGAGGAGUCACCAGCAAGAAGAGGAGUUGAGAGAAAGAGAGAUGAUGAUGAGAUUGAAAAGAAGCAACUAGAGUCGACACUGAGCAGAGGGUUUGAGAGGAAGAUGGAGGAGCAGGAGGAGGAGAAGCAGCAGCAGCAAAUAGAGGGGGAACAGAAGGAGCUGGAGGACAAGUCAACAGCAAGCAGCGGACUUCAGAGGAAGAGAAAAGAGGAGAAGAACAAGGAGCCCGAUGAGAAAAGGAAGCAAGUAGAGGAGGAGCAGAAGAUAUUGGAUGGGACAUCAGCAGUGGACAGGGGAGUCAAGAGGAAGACUGAGGAUGAGGAGAAGAAGCGUCUCAAAAAAGAACAGGAGCUGGAUGAGAAGUCAACAGCAAGCAGAGAAGUAAAGAGAAAGAGAAAAGAGGAGAAGAAAAAGGAGUCGGGGGAAGAGCAGAAGGAACUCGGGGAGGAGUCAACAACAAACAGAGAAGGGAAGAGAAAGGACAAGACCAACAAGGACCCACAGGAGCAAAGGAGACAAGUAGACGAGGAACACAACGAGCAGAAGGUGCUGGCACAGGACUUGAAAAGAGGAAUUCAGAAGAAGAGAAAAGAGGCAGAGAUCCAGCAGGAAGGAAGUGUGGAAGGUAAGACGGAGGAGCCGAUGACUGCUGGGAAGCAAAGCAAGAGGAGGAGAAGCGAGGAAGGUGUCAGCAAGAGCAAGAGAGAAAAGGAGGCAGCAGAGGAGAGCCAAAAAGAUGAGAGGAAAAAGGAGGAUGUAAUAGAGGACAGGAGAGGAGCCAGAAGGAAGUCAAGGAAAGAGAAGUCCACAAAGGGAAGGGAGGCGCACGAGGAGGGGAAAAACAGAGCAAAAAAAGAGCGACAUGUGGAUGAGGAGCGACAGCGGCGUCUGGCAGCCAAGAGGGAAAGCGUACUGAAAUCUCUCCGAGGUCUGCUGAAAGAAAGCCCCACCAAGAGCACGAAGUCCACCGGCAGAGCCAAGAAGGCAGCCAGAAGCCACAAGAUGCUCAAAGAGUCCAUGGUGGGGAGGAAAGGUGUGAAAGUAGGAGGAAGCCAACUGCCUGUGAAAGAAGCCAAGAAAGACCAUGAAGAAACUCAGUCAAAGAAGCUCUCCAGCCACAGUGAUGGCGGCAAAGUCAUGGAGAAGACGCAGCCAGACGAGAGGAAGUUGAUUGGGAAAAUUGUGAAAGCGACAACAAAGGUUCACGUGAAGACCAUGAUGGGCGGUGCUGCCAUGCUGGAGGAGCAGAGGAAGAAGACGCUGAAGGCUGACGUUACCAAGACGCAAAAAAUCUCAGAGGACGCCAGGAAGCCUGAGCGACCGGCGACCGAUGACAAGAGCGCAAAGAACAGCGGCAACCAGGGAUUGAAGACCAAACUGCGUGACCAACCCGAGGACAACCAGGGAGACAGAAAGAAAGGCGGUGACAAGACGUCCGUCAGCGAAAAGGAUGGAAACGCGGCGGCAAAACUUCCCAAGGAGCAAAGCGGCGGGAGAAGUCGGAAACAAACACCUGCCGCCACCAUGCAUAGCGGGGAGGGGGCGGAGCAUAACCAUCAGGAGCAGGAGAAAAACUCCAACUUGACGCUGAUUGAUUCAACUCUGCACAGAAUCCAUGGAGAUAUCCGCAUUUCUCUCAAGAGCGACAACCCAGAUGUCAGUAAGUGUCUAGCGGCGUUGGAUCAGCUGAGCGGCAUCUAUCUGACGUCUCAACACGUCCAGAGACACAGUGAGCUUGUGUCCACUUUGAGGAAGAUGCGAUUCUACCGCGCCAACCAGGACAUCAUGGACAAGGCGGCCAUGUUGUACAACCGCUUCAAAAACGCCUUCCUCCUCGGCGAGGACCAGGAAGUGGUCAGCGCCGCUUUCUUGCGCUCUUUGCUGGAGGAGAAAGAGCGCGAGAAGGCGGUGCACUCUGACGGCUGCGAGGAGACGGGGUUUGAGCAGAAGAGGCUGAGUGGCGAGGAACCGGAGUUCCAGAGAAAGGAGUCGCCUUCAGUGGACUGACCCGACUGACUCCUCCUCUUUGACUGACACCAGCUCAGGGACCGCAGCCAACAGGCAGACAUUUGUUCGUCAUUUUUCAUUUUGUACAGUGAGAUUUUAUUCUUGAUUUGACUUGAAUGUGUUUUUAUUCUGUUUUUUU